UUGACGAACUUAGCAUUUGAUUGAUGUCGUAUACUGUCAUUGUAUAGUGUAAAUCUACUGUACGUUUAUAUUAUUGUAGCAACUAGCAGACAAAUUAUAAUAAUACAUAAUAUAAUAAGUGUAGACAUAUGUAAUAAUAAUGACGGCAGCUAAGCAAAAUAUAAAACGAUCUAAAUGGGCUUUGGAUUUCGCUCACAAGAAUAAACAAGAAAAAAAUGUGGAUAUUGCUUCACCACCAGGUUAUACACCUGCUGUUGCUUUAUUUCAUGCUGUCGAUUCAAUUAGAGAAUCUGAUUCCAAUCAUUUGAUAAUUAAGAAAUCAUGGGAUUUAGCCCUAGGUCCUCUUAAACAAGUUCCAAUGAAUUUAUUUAUAAUGUACAUGGCGGGCAAUUCCAUAUCAAUAUUUCCUAUUAUGAUGGUUGGUAUGUUAAUAAUUAGACCAGUGAAAGCAUUAUUUACUCUUCAACAAACAUUUAAAGUAAUAGAAGGAACUCAUGCUUUUGGACAGAAGUUUGUGUACUUUCUGGGACAAUUGGUAAAUAUUGCGUUAGCAUUAUACAAAUGUCAAUCGAUGGGAUUACUUCCAACACAUGCAUCCGAUUGGUUAGCGUUUGUAGAACCACAAGCACGGUUAGAAUAUUCUAGUGGUGGAUUUAUAUAUGUAUGACGUAAGAUAAUUAUUUAAAGAUGUAAUAUGUACAUUUAAAGUAAAUAAUUACUGUAAAUUUAGAUACAUUUUCUUUAUGUGUAAAUUAUAAAUUCACUCAUUACAUAAAAUGUUUUAUUAAAAUCAAACCAAAUCAAAUUGUAUUACAUGUUUAUAUAUAUAAACGUAUAUGUACAAUAAAAUGGAUUAAAACAUA